AUGCAUCUUCAUUCAAAAAGUGCCAAUACCAUAGCAUCUGCUUGUGCAGCGUUAGUACCUUCACAUAGCAGCAUAACAUCAUCUGGACAAAAUACUUCUCGAAUAUUUCAAAACUUUUUAUUAGUCUGGCUGGAUACUAAUAUUGAUGUAGUGAACAAUCCUGAUUAUCGUCGUAUAAUCACAAUCUUAAAACAAAUUGCCAAUUCUGUAAACACAUUUACUAGAGUGGAAGAGUGUCUAGAUUUUAUUCAAGAGAUUAAAGAAGAAACAAUAUUCUUCAUAAUAUCUGGAUCACUUAGUCAAACUGUAAUACCUAUUGUUCAUGAUAUACCUCAGAUUAAGUCUAUUUAUAUAUUUUGUGAAAAUAAAUUAGAUCAUGAACUAUGGAUACAUAAAUGGCCAAAAAUCAGAGAUGUUUUUAUGGAAGGUUUAUUUCUUUGUGAAGCACUUAAACAAGCUGCUCAAGAAUGUGAUCGAAAUACUAUUCGGAUAAGUUUCAUUGAAAUGAAUGAUGAAACAUUGGAUCAAAAUUCAGACGAAUUCCAUCAAAAUUUUAUGUAUAUUGAAAUAUUGAAAGUAAUUGUAUCGACAAUAAAAUUUAAACAACAAAAUUUUAAUGAGUUUAUUAAUUAUUAUCGUAAAAAUGUUGGUAGCAACGUUAUUGAACUGAAAAAUAUUGAUAAACUUGAACGAGAAUACCAUGAUAAUGUACCAAUCUGGUGGUACACUUAUCCAUGUUUUCUUUAUUCUAUGCUCAAUCAUGCAUUAUGUACUAUGGAUGUAGUCACUAUUAUUAAAAUGGCUUUCUUUAUAGGUGAUCUUCACCAUUAUAUUACUCAACUUCAUUCUGAACAAAAGACUAUUCGUCAAGACUUAACUUCUUUUAUUGUUUAUCGUGGUCAAGGAAUAUCUCAGAAAGAUUUUGAUCAAUUGAAGAAAACACAAAAUCAACUAUUAUCUUUUAAUAAUUUUUUAUUUACGAGUAAAAGUCGUAAUGUUGCUUUGAACUUUGCACAACAAACUGUUGCAACUUCCAACUUGGUAGGCAUCCUAUUUGUAAUGACAAUAGAUCCUUCUGUAGAUUCAACUCCUUACGUCAAUAUCCGUGAUGUUAGUUACUAUCCAACGGAAGAAGAUUUUAUCUUUACUAUGAAUUCUAUGUUUCAUAUUGAUCAACUUAAACAAAUCGACAAUAGUAAUACUCGUCUCUGGCAAGUGGAAUUAACAUUAAUCAAUAACACCGAUCCACAAUUUCAGGCGUUGACUGGACACUUUCUAGAUGUGACAAUUCCUUAUUGCAUAGGAUGGUAUCGAUUAAGUGAUUUAUUGAUAAAAGAAGGUCAAUUUGAUAAAGCUCAACAAGUGUAUGAUAUAGUAAUUACUCAAACAUCUAGUGAUGUUGAGAAAGGAUUUCUGUAUUAUCAACUUGGUUUAAUUAAGUUUCAUCAUGGUGAAUAUGCGGAAGCAAACUCAUAUUAUCAUUUAUCACUUGAAAUUCUUCACAAAAUUCUUUCUCCUGAAUAUAUUGAUGUGGCUGCAUGUAAAAAUGAAAUUGGUUUAGUCUAUGAAAAGAUGGGCGAAUAUUCGAAAGCACUUUCAUUUCUCGAAACAGCACUUGAAGUCUAUGAGAAAAAUCUGCCAAAAAAUGAUCCACUUUUGACGAGUUUUAACAAGAAUAUCGCUAGAGUGUCUUUUCAGAAGGGCGAUUAUUCAAAAUCACUUUUACAUUACGAAAAAAUAAUCGAAAUUUACAAAAAUAAUCUUUCUCCAAACCAUCCUGAUGUAGCUGCUUCCUACCACAGCAUUGCUUCAGUGUACGAUAAAAUGGGCGACUAUUCAAAAGCAAUAUCAUAUUCAGAAGAUGCACUUGCAAUUCACAAAAUAAAUCAUUCUUCAAAUCAUCCUGAUAUGGCUGUAUCAUAUAACAAUAUUGGCUCAUUACACGAAAAACUAUGUGAACCUUCGAUAGCGCUUGCAUAUUACGAAAAAGCACUUGAAAUUUAUGAAGAAACUUUAUCUUCAGAUGAUCUUGAUGUAGCUGCAUGUCAUAAAAAUAUUGGCUCAGUGUAUUUUCAAAGAGGUGAUUACUUAACAGCACUUUCGUCUUAUGAAAAAGCACAUGAAAUCUAUCGAAAAAUGUUUCCAUCAAGUCAUCCUCAAUUAGCUGCUUCUUACACAUGCCAUGGUAUUGUGUAUGAGAAAAUGGGCAACUAUACGAAAGCACUUUUAUAUUAUGAAAAAGCAUUGGAAACCUACCAAAACAUUGAUCCUUUGAAUCAUCUUGAUUUAGCCACUGCUUACAAUAAUAUUGGCUCUGUAUAUUUGCAGAUGGGCGAGUAUUUUGCAUCACUUUCAUAUUACGAAGAAGCAUUUGGAAUCUAUCGAAAAAAUCUUCCCCAAAAUCAUCCUGAUUUAGUUUUUUCUUACAAUAAUAUUCGGGAUAUCUAUGAUCAAAUGGGUGAUUCUUCCAAAGCAGAUUUAUUUAAUAAAUCUUCUCUUGAUAUUGCACAAUAUUCGCCUUCUUUAAAUCAUCUUCAUCUUGAACAAUGCAAAGACAAUAUUGAAAAAAUAAAAAAUAAAUUACGAAUGAGAUUCAAAAACUAG